CGAGCAAAAACAACCUGAACCAUCGGCACCAGCUUUGAGAAAACGAGGAGGUAAAAUAGUCAGUUACUUCCAAGGAGAUGUCGAUUCCAUUCUCCAACACCCAAUACCGAAUUCCACAAGGAUUUGGAAAUCUUCUUGAAGGGCUGACACGCGAGAUUCUGAGGGAACAACCGAACAAUAUACCAGCUUUUGCAGCAGCAUAUUUUGAGAAUCUUCUAGAGAAAAGAGAGAAAACCAGCUUUGAUCCAGCAGAAUGGGGGAGUAAGGUGGAUGACCGCUUCUAUAACAACCAUGCAUUCAAGGAGCAAGAACCACCUGAGAAAAGUGAACCUGAAAAAGAAAAAUCUGAGCAAGAGGAGACAUCAGUCACAAAAUUGCAGACUCCCGAAGAUCUAGAAAAAGAGGAGAAUGCUGCUAUCACAAUCCAAGCAGCCUUCCGUGGACACAAAGCCAGAAAGGCAGUGAAGAUAAUAAAAUCGGAAAAUUUGGAAAAAGAGAAAAUAAAGGAAGAAAAGGAGGAUGAGUGAGGAAGACACGUGGCUUAACCCCCACCAAAAAAAACAGGCAAAUAUCAUCCAAAUCCAUCAACCUGUUGUAAUUGCCGUCUUUUCCUUACUGAGGGAGAUUUGAUGUAGUGUAAUAACAUUUGUUGCUGUUGUGAAAAUCUGUCGUGAGCAUUUGUUUA